AUGGAAGCAUUCAAAGCCUUUGGUGGUCAUGCCGUUGGCCCAUGGAUCGCAUCUAUCCUUUACGGCGGCGCUCUCACCCAGGCUAUCCGUUAUUUCCAAAGCUUUCCCGAAGACGGCUUGCUUCGCAAAGCGACGGUCAGCGCGGUGAUGUUGUUCGGCCUCGUCGCACUUAUUGCAGACUAUGCCAACACGUACUUGACGCUCGUAACGCAUUGGGGAGAUCGAAACCUUUUGAAUCAAGUCUUUUGGACGAUACCAACCUACAUAACGUUCAACGGAGUAAUCGGCGUGGUCGUCAACGCGUACCUCGUCAGUCGUAUCUGGGCCUUCACAAAAAAUGCUGUUCUCUCUCUUUUCCUUUUGUUCCUUGUGCUUGCCUCGUUCGCGCUUCUGGUCACGGGAAGUGUAAUGCUCGGGGUGAAUACUGAGCAGACGAAGGCUACAGGCAAAACGUUCUCAACGAUAUUGAUAGUCUGGGCCAGUAUCCUCACAGCCUUGGAUAUUUCAAUUUCCGCCGUUCUCGUCUACAAGUUGCGGGGGAUGAAAACUACGUUUCAAUCUAAGAACAAUUUGAUCCAACGACUUAUGUUUGGUGCCGUUCAAACUGGCAUGACCACUGCAAUCGUCACAGUAUUUCUCCUUGUGUUUUUCUUGACCCAUACCAAUACCAGUCUUCCUCUCAUGUUCCACACAAUACUUGGACCCUGCUCUCUUCACACCUUGUUCGUCAACCUGCUUUCGCGACGCGUCGCCGGCAGUCCGAGUGGCGCAACACGGACAAUGUCCGAUUCGCGGCAAAACAUGAAUAACACGAUUGUCAUGGAGGGCAUUCAAGUUCACCGAACCGCCAUUGUUACGAUGGACACCCCGCGCGAUGAUGCCGCCAGGUCGAGGAGAGUGGAAAUCGAGGGUGUCAAGAAGGCCGAGGUUGACAGCGACUCGUAUAACGGGCAGAAGGUUCCCGUUGAAGCAUUCUGA